AUGCCGAAAUCAAGAAGAGAUAAAGAUUGUAAGUUUAUUGGCAAUAUUGUUCUUGUGUCAGCUUAACAUAUUGAUAUUUUAUUGUUGUUGCUUCUAGAUUCUCUCACUAAAGUCAAAAAGAAGUCAAAAGAAACCAAAGAAACAUUGGUGGAUCAGAUCAGACAAAGUGUGGAUGAAUAUAAAACUAUUUACUCUUUCAAUAUUGAGAACCUACGUUCGUCAAAGUUUAUUCAGGUAAUCUUUAUUAUUUAAUUUUUUUUUAGGUAACAAGGAAAUUUGCUGUCAUUGUAUGAAAGAGCUCUAUAAUUGUCUUAUUUCUAUUGCAUUUUAAUUAUUUAAUGUUUAGAUAAGACAAAGGUUCAAGAAGACGUCAAAGUUCUUUUUUGGUAAGAGAAAUGUGAUGGCGUUAGCAUUAGGAAGAACAGCUGAAGAAGAAAUCGGAGAUGGAUUGCACAAAUUGGCCAAGACAUUGCAGGGACAAUGUGGAUUGGUAUUCACAAAUGAAAAAGACAAAGAAUUCGUUAAGUAAGUUUUAUUUUACGUUUUUGGUAAUAUUUACUAUUUAUUACUACCGGCUUUUAUUGAUUCUACUGUUUUACAUAAAAUUGACUUGUAAAUAAUAGUUAUUGUUCCAAGAUUAUAAUGACUAGGUUGAAAGUACAUUGCUUUAGGUUUUUCACAGAAUUCGACGAACUAGAAUAUGCCAGAAGUGGGAAUAUUGCGACCCACUCAGUUCAUUUGCCGGCUGGUCCUCUGACACAGUUCAUCUUCUCUAUGGAACCACAAUUGAAAAGACUUGGUCUACCAGUCAAAGUGGCGCAGGGUUUUGUUGAGCUGUACGAUGACUUCCAAGUGUGUUCAGAAGGCGAUACCUUGACAGCAGACCAGUGCAAGAUCCUGAAGUUGUUGGGAGAGAAGAUGUCUACCUUCAAAGUGAAUCUCGUUGCCAAAUGGAGUAAGAAAGACGGAUUCUCGACGUUCUGA